UACCGGUUUACUCAUUAAAUAAAUUAUCUGUAAUUACGAUUUUCUCCUGUGAUUUUGCUGUUCAAAUUAUAAUUGUAAUAUGAAGCAUAUGUGAAAUGUCUGGUAAACACUGACCAUCAUGGCUCUUAUAUUUGGAGUAGGAACUGGCCUCUUUGUGCUCGCGAUACUAUGGGCUCUUGCCAUCCUGCUCUGUGCUGUCUUCUCCAGAGCAGAUAAAUUGAGAGGAGCAGCCUUUGGGAUAGUUCUUCUGGUCAUCAUAAUCACCCUCAUCCUAGUCUUCAUUCCUAGAGAAGAUUCCAAUGCACAGCCAUCAGAUAUAAAGAUCACAGAUCAGACGUUCAUCCCACGUGUACUGAUGUUGACGUUAUUUGGACUGUUUGCCUUCCUCUCUCUCAUCUUUAUGUUUUCACUACAUUGGACAGAGCCCAUACACGCCAAACCCAUCAAGAGCAAAAGAUUUUAGUUUUUAAAGUGACAGUAUGUUGACAUUCCUGCGAAGUCCCGUGACAUAAAACGUAAAGGUCAAGUCCACCCCAGAAAUUUUUUUAUUUGAAUCAAUGGAGACACAUCAAACAAGCAAAACUGAGCUAAAAGUCUGACAAGCAUGACGCUGAAAAUUUAAUCAAAAUUGGAUGUAACAUAAGAAAGUUAUGACAUUUUAAAGUCGAUUAUUUUUCACACAGC